AUGACCAACACGAACGUGCCCCUUCGCAGACUCGGCCAGAAAGGGCCAUUGGUUCCAGCACUAGGACUUGGUCUCAUGGGCAUGUCAACGCUCUAUGGAAAUGCUCCCAGCGACGAGGAGCGCUUUGCAGUGCUCGAUCGGGCCGUGGAACUAGGUGCCACCUCCUGGGAUAGUUCCGAUUUGUACGGCGACAAUGAAGAGCUUCUGGGAAAGUGGUUCAAGCGGACCGGGAAACGAGAGCAGAUCUUCCUCGCGACCAAAUUUGGAUUCAUAAAGGGCGCCCCAGGCUUCUCUGCCAUUGACAGCUCGGCUGCGUAUUGCAAGAAGGCUUGUGCAGAGAGCUUGAGACUGCUCGGUACCGAUUAUAUUGACCUGUACUACGCGCAUCGCGUGAAUCCCGAGACGCCAAUUGAAGAAACCAUGCGUGCGCUGGUUGAACUGAAGGCCCAGGGGAAAAUAAAACACAUCGGCCUCUCUGAAGUCAGCUCGAGCACGCUACGCCGCGCAUGCAAAAUCGCCCACGUCGACGCCGUGCAGAUCGAAUACUCGGCCUUCGACCUCCACAUCGAAGGCCCGGCAGGCACGCACCUUCUAGCCACAUGUCGCGAGCUGGGCGUUGGCAUCGUAGCGUACUCGCCGCUGGGCCGGGGCUUGUUGACAGGGGCGUUCAACUCCAAGGCGGCCUUCUCCAACGAAGGGGACUGGCGCGCGGCAUUUCCACGAUUCAGCGGCGAGAAUUUCGAUGCGAAUGUGAAGCUUGUGAAUCAGUUCACGGCGCUGGCUGCGCGGAAGAAAUGCACGGCUGCGCAGCUGGCUAUUGCGUGGUUGCUGAAGCAGGGCGAGGAUGUUAUUCCGAUUCCGGGCACCAAGCGCAUCAGGUAUCUAGAGGAGAAUUGGGGCGCGUUGAAAGUGCAGCUUUCGGAUGCGGAGGAGUUGGAGGUUAGGAGCGUGGUGGAGAAUAAGGUCGCGGGCGCGCGGACUAUCGAAGAGGCUUUGGCGCAGUGCUUUGCUGAUACGAAGGAGGAAUGA